AUAAGAGCUCAAACUCAGUCUGCACACGUUUCCUGCGAAUUGCACACAGAGACGCCGGCAGGGACUCCCCGUUUAGUCGCUUUCGACUUGAAACACGAGUGGAACUGAGCAAAAGCUUCCAUCAUUUUAGGAUAUUUACAACGGCCUGAGAAAUGGAGGGUGUGAGAACGAAGACAAUAUAAGUUUAUACCUGUAGAGCAGCGCGGGAAUGUGAUCCGUUACUGAAUAUGAGGGCAGACAUCAGCAUUGAGGAAGCGACGCACGAGCCCUGGAGAUCGGUCACGCGCCGGACGCGCACCGGGGAUUGCGCGUAGCCCUUCUUAACUUGAUCAAAAGGCUGACCCGCUAUUUUUUCUUGUCAAACAAUUACAGGGACCUUGAAACUGCAGGAUUACGUGAGCGUCAGAGAUAUGUAAACGCUCGUGGUGGAAUUUAGAGUGCGCGAGAUAAUGUCAUCCGGGACCUUCAUUAUGGAUCAAGAUGACUUGGACCCUGAGGCAUCGGAUUCUUUUUUGCACGGGAUUCACGGAGCGCACCGGCCCAGGCCGUCCUCUUACCGGGCGCUGCGCAGCGCCGUGUCCAGCCUGGCACGGAUAGAUGACUUUAUCUGCGAGAAAAUCGGCUCCGGUUUCUUCUCGGAGGUGUUCAAGGCGCAGCAUCGUACCACGGGGCAGGUGAUGGCUCUGAAGAUGAACACCAUGGCCAGUAACAAAGCCAAUAUGCUGAAGGAGGUACAGCUGAUGAACCGCCUGAGACAUCCCAACAUACUCAGGUUUGUGGGAGUGUGUGUACAUGAGGGACAUCUUCAUGCUCUGACAGAGUACAUUAAUGGCGGUAACCUGGAGCAGCUGUUGAACAGUGACGUGUUCCUGUCAUGGUCUGUGAGAAUUAACCUCAGUCUUGAUAUUGCCAGAGGACUGCAAUACCUCCACAGCAAGGGCAUAUUUCACAGAGACCUUACAUCAAAGAACUGUCUGGUGCGCUGGGAGAAUGGGAACUGCAGUGCCGUGGUGGGGGACUUUGGCCUAGCAGAGAAAAUUCCUGAUCACAGUGAUGAGGCAGAGAAACCGAAAUUGGCUGUUGUCGGCUCCCCCUACUGGAUGGCUCCGGAGGUGCUCAGAGGAGAACACUACAAUGAAAAGGUUGAUGUAUUUGCCUAUGGAAUUAUCCUCUGUGAGAUUAUAGGCAGAAUACAGGCAGAUCCUGACUUUCUUCCACGAACUGAGGACUUUGGUCUUGAUGUGGAGGCCUUUCGCCAGAUGGUUGGAGACUGUCCACCUCAUUUCUUCAAAGUCACAGUCAUCUGCUGCAGUAUGAUCCCAGACAGUCGGCCAUCAUUCACCGAGGUUGUAGCAGAGCUGUAUAAGAUAGUGAAUGAUCGAGAGAAGAGUGAAUCUAUGGAGCCUGAUGUACAGGUGUUUUCAGACCGCUCAUCCUCAAACACAACACCUUUGAGUCGAAAACAUUCUCUAAACAUUCCUGCUGACCCGUGUCUCUGUAGCAGCAAGUCUGAUGUACUCCUCCCUCCGUCCCCUUUCCUGACUCGGACCACACCGAUGCGCGUUAACCCCUUCUCCCAGCGCCAAGACCUCAACGGCGGCCGCAUCAAGCUGUUUGACACCCCCAGCAAGUCUGUCAUUUCCCUCACCUUUGCUCUCCCUCCGCCCCCUGACCCCAGCAGCCCCAUCUCCUGUGACCAAGGCCCUCUCCAUUUCCACAGACGCAGCCAAUCACUGCCCUGCACCCCAGAAGACAUCCAGUCUCUACGUGGUACUGCUGCCAAUGAGAAACGUGAAAAUAAUCAAAGUGUUAUGAAUCCAGUCAAUGGAAAUUUGUUGGACAUGGGAAUGGACAGUGUGUUGACUAAGAGCAACGAGAGUAUUGCUGAUCUCCCUAAUAUUAGUGAGGUUUUUGAUACACCCGGUGACAGCAUUAGGAGUUCAGACCCUAAGCAGGAUGACAAGGAGAAGAAUCUUGAAAUGAAGAGUCAAGAAGCUGUAGCUGAUGACUCCGGUCUUCCAUUAGAUCUAGAGUUGAUGUCUCCAAGCCGAUGGAGGUUGGAGGAAAGCGUUGAGGAUCCCAUGGACUGUACCAACUCUCCUGAUACACUAGAAAGUGUUGUCAGUGCUUCAGCCAAACCUUUCUCCAAUGGCUGGAGCUCCCCGGUCUCCAAUGAGCCAUCCUCAUUACCUCCUUUACUAGACAUGGACAACAACAAUGGCACCGUCCCUAUCAGUCGAUCUCUGGGAUGGGGGGUUAUUAACUCCAAUGGUGCCACGACCCCUCUUACGCCUCCAGAACAGGAUGAGGUCAUAGCCUGUCCGGGUUGCUGCCUAGCAGGGAUGAGUUUCCCUUCCAUUUGCACACGUGGACCACGACAAACCCCUUAUAAAAACUUAAAUGGCGAUGCGGCCAGGAAAAGGCUUCUGUGCAAAGCUUUGCCACCCUCGCCUACAGAGCCAAACAUUGCUCUUCCUAGCACACAGACAUAAAAGAUGCAUGCUGUAUAGGUGAAGCACUACCUUUUAAUACAGAAGCUACUGCUUAAUGUACUCAAUCAAGCUGAAAUAUGUCAUUCUGGACGGAAAGAAAAUGCAAUGUAUUGUGGUUUAGACUAAGUGGAUCAUUUAGUAUUCUGAUCUCAUGUCCUAGUCCUUUAAAACUUGAACACUCCCAUAGGUUUUAAUGCCUUUCUAAAGAUGUGUGUUGUCAAUAUCUUUAUUUUUACAAUUAUUUGAACGUUUAUGAAAAUACUUUGAGAAUGGGAAAAAAAUUUAUGACAUUAAAUGACAUGGACAAAGUACUAACAGGCUAUGUUGUGUUUAUGGAAGAUAUGAGUCACAUUAUCUGUAAUAUACUAACUCUACAUUUUACAUUAUAUGUGUCAAAUGGUAUAACCGAAACAGUUCAUGGGGUAAUGUAUGCUAUGUUUAUUUCAUGUUUGUGUAUGUGUGUAUAUAUAAUGUGUGUGUGUGUGUGUGUAUAGAAAAUGGUUCAGAAGUUUGC